AUGGGGGACACCCUAGAUCAGCCUCCCGAUGGCCUAAUCGGCGGUUACCAUGGUGGUAGUCUAACGGUGCGCAUUUUAAUGAUUGUGUUUUCUUCGAUCGCGCUAUACAAUGCUAUUGAGCUCUUUAUCUUAUUAUUCUUAACGUUCCAAACCUACCGGGGCUUAUAUUUCUGGACUCUACUACUGUCCGUCGUGCUCGGUGUCGUCCCUCAUACCAUUGGAUAUAUUCUGGAAUUUUUUGCAUUGGCUCCGCUAUGGUUGUCAUUGACCUUGUCGACUAUUGGUUUUUAUGUCAUGGUGCCAGGCCAGUCGGUUGUUCUAUAUUCUCGACUUCAUUUAGUCGUUCAGGAUCGCCGAGUUCUACGCUUUGUACUUUGGCUGAUUAUCAUCGACGCCAUCAUCCUUCUCAUCCCAACCACCGUUCUUACCUUCUCUACUGCUUAUGUGCGGACCGAUCCGUUCAUUCGAGGCUAUAAUGUGAUGGAGCGCAUGCAGUUGGCUUGGUUCUGCUGUCAAGAAUUCGUCAUCUCUGGUAUCUACAUCUGCGAGACGGUCAAGCUGCUUCAAAUGAUGCCAGAUAAAGAUCAGCGUCGGACUAGAAUCAUGUAUGAAUUGUUGGCUAUCAACUUCGUCAUCAUUCUGCUCGACGUCGCUCUGUUAUUAGUUGAGUAUAUUGGCUACUACUCACUGCAAACCACUUUGAAACCCAUGGUGUACAGCAUAAAGCUCAAAUUGGAGUUCGGUGUUCUUGGCAAACUGGUCUCCUUGGUCCAGACAUCUCGAUCCCAGCCGACUUCUGGAGAACCGGAAGAAUACCCACAAUUUGUGGACCCGACUCAGCUGACUUCCGACGUCACGCAUGCUGCUCCUGUGGAGCGCGCCCCUCGUGGUAUGCGCGGUUGGAAUAAUAUUUCUUUGGAAAGUUUACCAAUUUCGGAACAAAGGAUUCGCCCAUCAACACGGUCACGGGUCUCGAGCGACAGUGGCCAUCCAUCUUGA